ACGGCAGGGCCAGCAAUUUGCAAAUGAAGGGUUGCGCCGUGCUCUUGAGACGGCACUUGCUUCCGGCCCUAAUUCAUCCUAUGAUCGCUUCCUGCCCUGUGAGAGCGUUUUCUCGCGGAACUAUCUUAGCACCAAUACACAAGAACAGUUCGAAAUAAUGGUGCGAUUGCGUGUAGACCAUUUGGCGUCGCAGAAUAUCAGACAUCUUGAACGUCGCGGAUGUCGCCUCACUAAUACGCAGCUAAUAAUUAUGGACAACAUCUUGGAGGGUAGAUCGUCUCGUUUGGCACACCUCAAUGCGUACUUAGUGGUUGUGGCAAGACACUGCUUCAUGCCAGGAUCUCUGCAUCCCAAUUUCAACGAGCCAUAUUUAGUUCCAAGGGAAUUUAAUGAUGUGCGUAGACAUCUCCAAUCGUAUGCACAAGAUCUUAUGAUAGGUGCGCGAGUUGAGGCUUCUUUGGACCCAUUCGAAGCAGUAACUGAUUAUAUCUUGAGAAGAAAUAGUGGAUUCAUUUCAAGCCUGAUGGAUAUGAACUCCAACAAUCAUAUCCGCUGCUAUGUCCGGCCGGAUGUCGACUUAUUCCAGACUUUUACCAACUUCUUCAACAGCAGGAUGCCGCGAGUGUUGACACUGGUAACUGGUCCUACUGGCUCGGAUAUGUUCCAGACGCGGUACUAUUCGACGAUUGGAACGUUGCAUCGCGAUUUGCUCGCCCUUAUCUUAUGCUGUACUAACAGCGAACGUGGCAUGGAAUUAAUUCACAGACACUUUGUGAAUCAGCUGACUGAAGGAUUGGAUGAAGACACGUCGUUGUACAUCAACACUCUUGCUCAAGAGAUAUUCCAUCGUAUUAACGUGACUCAUGCAUACGCCUCUUUCCACAACUUGCGUAUGCAUCUACACCUAUUGUCGGAGUACACCGUGGCGCAACGCAUAAGAAGUCUUAAUGAAGAUGUGCCAGAGCCCCUUCCAUCGCUUUACGCUCAGGGACCAUCAACUUCAACUCUGGAACCGCCGAUCUUAGGUCCCCUAGAACAGAGAAUGAUGCAACCGUACGAAAUGUACUCGGCAAUGCCUGAAUCUUUUGACUCACUGGAACCGAUGUCACCUUUACCGGACACAAUGAACCCCGGACCAAUGGACAGGUCGCCGUAUCACAUGCCACAGACACAGGGCCCGUAUUUUAAACCAACAGAAUCGCCAUACUCCAUGUCACUAACACAAACACCGGAGAAAUUGUCAAUAUACAGACCAGAUUCGCCAACACCACCACAGACACCGGAGAUCCUAUUAACGGGCAGCGCAGACUCCCUGGCCCCAUUGUCGCCGACCCCGGAGCCCUUUUCAAACAGACCGCAGUCGCCAACCCUCGGGACAUCGGCACAGACUCAAGAGGGCUAUCCCAUCCGCUAG